CCAUAACGCCAAAACGCCAAAUCUCUUUCAAAACACAGCAAGCGCCUCUCUCUCUCUCUCUCUCUCUCUCUCUCGUAAAUCUCAGCUCUGUUUUAUUUCAAGAUAUCCAUAGUGAUUUAAUAUCUGAUUCUUCUUCUCGUUCUUCCUUUUUGAUCUCCUCUUAUCAGUUUCGUUUUUCUUAAAUCCACGAAUCAGAUUGGUUUCAUUUGGCAGUGAAGUGUUUGGGCUUUGCGUUUGUAUCGAUUUCAUGGCAACGCCACCGUUGAAUAAGAUUGAGAGAGCUCACCAGAUGUAUCGUGAUGGAAAGUAUGAGGAGGCUUUAGCGUUUUAUACCGAAGCCCUCACUAUGGCGAAGACAAAAGCGCAGAAGAUCGCUCUACAUAGCAAUCGAGCUGCUUGUUAUUUGAAAUUGCAGGAUUUCAAGAAGGCAGCAGAAGAAUGCACUUCGGUGCUUGAGCUGGAUCACAAACACACUGGAGCCUUAAUGCUGCGGGCACAGACUCUGGUCACCCUCAGGGAAUACCACUCUGCACUUUUUGAUGUUAAUAGGCUCAUGGAGCUGAACCCAUCUUCAGAAGUCUAUCGGAAUCUGGAAGCCCGUCUAAGGACACAAUUGUCGCUGGCUCCGAUACCCGAAUCUGAAGAAGAGUCAUUAAUGGCUGAGCUGGAAGAAGAAGAAGAAUAUGAGGAAGAGGAGUGUGAAAAAGAGAAAGGGAAACCAGUGGAUGUAAGAGCGGGCAGUAAUCAGAAAGCUGAAUCCACAAGCACCAGUUCUGAUCCUGAAGAGAAACCAGUGGAUGUAAGAGCAGGCAGUAAUCAGAAAGCUGAAUCUGCAAGUGCCAGUUCUGAUCCCCAAGUUUCUACCUCGCAAACUCAAAGCCUCAAGGACUCACCUGACCACCACUCCAGAGCAUGGGAAGCUAUCCCAAAACCAAAGGGACAUUCUAACCUGGAUUAUUCACGGUGGGACAGAGUUGAAGAUGAUUCAAGUGAGGAUGAUGAAGAUGAAGACGAUGAAUGUCAACCUCAGUAUCGGUUCCGUGUGAGGACUGUUGGUGUACGGCCAGUGAAAUGAAGACUGCUAUUCCUUGUCAUGAUUUCAUGGCUGAUAUGGUCAACAAUAUCAUAUAAGUGAUGAAUGUAACAACCUGGUGUACAUCCAAGACCGUAUUAUCAAGAAUUUGGUUAUUGACUGCAAUUGGUCACCGUAUGAUGUACCAAUCAUGAUUUCUACUAAAGCUAAUGACCCACGAAAGCUGUGAAUUCCUCUUUAAGAACGGAUAUGGAAUAUACGUCAGAUCAUGUCAUUUCUCUCCACCAGAGCCAGCGUUUAGGCUAAGGGACUUCACUUAGGAAUCAGCUGUGGUGCAUGAAUCAUUUGAAGAGAUCUCUAGUAUCUUGAUAUUUCCUCAAGUGUCUCGGUUCCUGCAAUCCUAAUCAUAGUCCGCCGUGAAGGCUACUAACACCUGUCUAACUUACAGAAGCUCAUGAGAUGGAUUGGAUCUUUGUAAAAUAAUGUAGGUUGCAUUAGCUUGCAGCUUGUUCUUAAAACAGAGAUUGUCACUUUCAAAUAUGACCAGUAAAAGCAUACGACAUAAUGUUUCA